UGAAUAUUUGUCAUCAGCUAACCAUCGAAGAUUCUGCUCGGCAUACAUAUAUUUACUUGUAUAAUUAUUAAUAUUAAUAACUCCAUAUAUAAAUACAAAGCGUUAAAGUAGGCAACCAUGAUUGCUUCACGAUUAGCGUUUCCGCUCAAUGUAGCACUCCAACAAUUUGUCCAACAAACUGCCCGCAACAACAACAUGGUACGUCGUCAGAUGUCGGGUAUACACUUCCGGAGUGGUGCCUUCAAGCCAAAACCAGCAGAGAUGCCAUUCGGGUUAUUCGCUAUAUUAUGUGCAGUGAUUCCUGGACUCUUUGUAGGUGCCACAAUCAGCAAGAACGUGGCAAACUUUUUAGAAGAAAACGACUUGUUUGUGCCAUCCGACGACGAUGAUGAUGAAGACUAAGUGUACGCAACGGAUGCGAUAAAUGGAGCAAGCUCUAGUCACGAUUGGAUUAGACAACAUCUCAGUCAGCUUCAUUCAGUUAACCCAACAAAGCCAAAACUUUACUUCAACACUAUAGAUUUUGCAUUGUUAAACCAAUUAUAGCUCUAAGAAUCAAGAUUCACUUUUUGUACCUAAGUUGCUUCGAAUCCUUUCUAAAAGAAAUCUACAAAUAUUUAUUCAAAUAUGCUUUUAAAACUUUUUACCAGCUAAGCUCUG